AUGGCAGGAAUGGUCAAAAAGCAGAAAACUAAAUCACGAAGGCCAGCCAUUGGCAUCCGGCUGAACCAACUGUGCCACGCAGAGAGCGAGAGUCCCGCCAGCCUGUUGGGGCUCAUUUACGAUGAGGAGACCAAGAGGAGGCUGAGAAAGGAGGAUGAGGAGGAAGACUUUUUAGAUGACAGCACAGUGAACCCCACGAAAUGCGGGUGUCCCUUUGCCCUGAAGAUGGCCGCCUGCCAGCUUCUGCUCGAGAUCACCACCUUCCUACGAGAGACCUUUGCCUGUUUACCCAGGCCUCGGACAGAGCCUCUAAUGGACCUGGAGAGCUGCCGGCUGCGCCUGGACCCCGAGCUGGACCGGCAUAGAUACGAGAGGAAGAUCAGCUUUGCCGGAAUCCUCGACGACAAUGAGGACUCCAAAGACUCGCUCCAUAGCAGCAGCCACACACUGAGAUCGGACACCGGAAUGGAAGAGAAGAAAGUUCCCAGCAGCAGGAAGAUCAGGAUAGGAGGCUCCCGCCUGCUCCAGAUUAAAGGAACCCGCAGUUUCCGGGUGAAGAAGGGGGGUUCCCUGUGCAGCAUUCGCCGAGCCGGCAGCUUAAAGAGCACCAAGUUAUCACGGCAGGACUCAGAGUCUGAGAAUGAGGAACCGCAGCUGUCCCAGAGCAGGGACACUGUCACUGAUAUAGAAGGGAGCCCAUGGAGCGCAAGUGAGCCCAGCAUUGAGCCGGAAGGACUGAGCAGCAUCAGCACGGAGGAGAACUACCACCGGAACAUGUCAUGGGUCCAUGUCAUGAUUCUACUGUGCAACCAGCAAAGCUUUAUUUGUACCCACAUCGACUAUUGCCACCCUCACUGCUACCUCCACCACAGCCGCUCCUGUGCCCGCUUGGUGCGGGCCAUCAAACUGCUGUACGGAGACACCGUGGACUCCCUUCGCGAAGAGCAUGCAGUCAACCCUGGAGCCUUUCGGGGCAAGAAGCAGAAAGAGUGCUCAGACAAGUCCUGCCUGCGAACACCCUCUUUGAAGAAGAGAGUUUCAGACACCAACCUGGAAGGGAAGAAAGACUCCGGGAUGCUCAAAUACAUCAGACACCAGGUGAUGAGCCUGUCUCCGGCUCCCUUGUCCCUGCUGACCAAGGCGGCCCCCAUCCUGACCGAGGAGAUGUACGGCGACAUCCAGCCGGCCGCCUGGGAGCUGCUGCUUAGUGUGGAUGAGCACAUGGCAGGGGCCGCAGCGGCCAUGUUCCUCCUGUGUGCCGUCAAAGUCCCCGAGGCCGUGUCUGAUAUGCUGAUGUCCGAGUUCCAUCACCCGGAGACUGUGCAGAGGCUGAAUGCCAUCCUCAAAUUCCACACCCUCUGGAGGUUUCGCUACCAGGUCUGGCCCCGGAUGGAGGAAGGAGCCCAGCAGAUCUUUAAGAUCCCUCCUCCCAGUAUAAACUUCACCCUGCCCUCACCGGUGCUGGGCAUGCCCUCCGUGCCCAUGUUUGAUCCUCCCUGGGUCCCCCAGUGUAGCGGCAGCGUGCAGGACCCCAUCAACGAAGACCAGUCGAAAUCAUUUUCAGCCCGCGCCGUGUCCCGCUCCCAUCAGAGAGCGGAGCACAUCCUGAAGAACCUGCAGCAGGAGGAGGAGAAGAAACGCCUGGGCCGAGAAGCCAGCCUUAUCACCGCCAUCCCCAUCACUCAGGAGGCAUGUUAUGAGCCCUCCUGCACCCCCAACUCGGAGCAAGAGGAAGAAGUAGAAGAAGUCAGCAACCUGGCGUCCCGCCGCCUCUCCGUGAGCCCAUCCUGCACCUCCAGCACCUCCCACCGCAACUACUCCUUCCGCCGGGGCUCCGUCUGGUCAGUGCGCUCGGCGGUCAGCGCAGAAGAUGAAGAGCACACUACUGAACACACGCCAAAUCACCACGUGCCCCAGCCCCCACAGGCAGUGUUCCCAGCAUGCAUCUGUGCAGCAGUGCUGCCCAUCGUUCACCUGAUGGAGGACGGAGAGGUCCGAGAGGACGGAGUAGCAGUGAGUGCGGUAGCCCAGCAGGUCCUGUGGAACUGCUUGAUUGAAGACCCCUCCACGGUUCUUCGACAUUUCCUGGAAAAGCUCACCAUAAGCAACCGACAGGAUGAACUGAUGUAUAUGCUCAGAAAAUUGCUCUUGAAUAUUGGAGACUUCCCUGCUCAGACGUCUCACAUCCUGUUUAACUACUUGGUGGGAUUGAUCAUGUAUUUUGUGCGUACGCCCUGUGAAUGGGGAAUGGAUGCCAUCUCAGCAACUCUCACUUUCCUCUGGGAGGUAGUGGGCUAUGUAGAGGGCCUUUUCUUCAAGGAUCUCAAACAGACUAUGAAGAAGGAACAAUGUGAAGUGAAGUUAUUGGUCACUGCUUCGAUGCCAGGCACCAAGACCCUGGUUGUACAUGGACAGAACGAAUGUGACAUCCCAACCCAGUUACCAGUUCAUGAAGACACCCAAUUUGAAGCUCUUCUAAAGGAGUGUUUGGAAUUUUUUAACAUACCUGAAACCCAGUCAACUCACUACUUCUUGAUGGACAAACGGUGGAAUCUCAUCCACUAUAACAAGACCUAUGUGCGGGAUAUUUACCCCUUCCGAAGGUCCGUCUCUCCACAGCUGAACCUCGUCCAUAUGCAUCCAGAAAAAGGCCAGGAGCUCAUUCAGAAACAGGUGUUCACCCGAAAGCUGGAGGAAGUGGGGCGUGUCCUGUUCCUCAUCUCUCUGACCCAGAAAAUCCCCACGGCCCAUAAGCAGUCCCACGUCUCCAUGCUCCAGGAGGACCUGUUGCGGCUGCCCUCCUUCCCCCGCAGUGCCAUCGACGCUGAGUUCUCCCUCUUUAGUGAUCCUCAAGCUGGGAAGGAGCUCUUUGGCCUGGACACCCUUCAGAAGAGUCUGUGGAUUAAACUCUUGGAGGAGAUGUUUCUGGGCAUGCCCAGUGAGUUCCCUUGGGGAGAUGAAAUCAUGCUCUUCCUCAACGUCUUCAAUGGAGCUCUGAUCCUCCACCCAGAAGAUAGUGCUUUGCUGAGGCAGUAUGCUGCCACCGUCAUUAAUACCGCCGUUCACUUCAACCAUCUUUUCUCCCUCAGCGGGUACCAGUGGAUUCUCCCCACCAUGCUGCAGGUCUAUGCCGACUACGAGAGCAACCCGCAGCUGCGCCAAGCCAUCGAAUUUGCCUGCCACCAGUUUUACAUUCUACACCGCAAGCCCUUCGUCCUGCAGCUGUUUGCCAGUGUGGCACCCCUCCUAGAGUUCCCUGAUGCGGCCAACAGUGGGCCCAGCAAAGGCGUCUCCUCCCAGUGCCUCUUCGACCUACUGCAGUCCCUGGAGGGAGAAACCACCGAUACACUGGACAUCUUGGAACUGGUGAAAGCCGAGAAACCCCUCAAAUCUUUGGAUUUUUGCUAUGGGAACGAAGACCUAACCUUCUCCAUCAGUGAAGCCAUCAAGCUGUGCGUGACCGUGGUGGCAUAUGCUCCCGAGUCUUUCCGCAGUCUUCAGAUGCUGAUGGUCUUGGAAGCCUUAGUCCCAUGCUACCUGCAGAAGCUGAAGAGACAGACGUCCCAGGUGGAGACGGUUCCGGCCGCCCGGGAAGAGAUCGCUGCCACGGCGGCUCUGGCCACCUCCCUGCAGGCCCUCCUGUACAGUGUGGAAGCUCUGACCAGACCGAUGACAGCCCCUCAGAUGAGCCGCUGUGACCCUGGCCACAAAGGGACUGCCACAGCCAACCACACAGUGUCAUCGGGGGGCAACACCAGGUACCAGGAGCAAGGAGCUAAGCUGCACUUCAUCAGGGAAAACCUGCACUUGCUGGAGGAAGGGCAGGGUCUUCCCCGGGAGGAGCUGGAUGAGCGGAUUGCACGGGAGGAGUUCCGGCGGCCCCGGGAGUCUCUCCUGAACAUCUGCACAGAGUUCUACAAGCACUGCGGGCCGCGGCUCAAGAUUCUGCAGAACCUGGCUGGGGAGCCCAGGGUCACCUCGCUGGAGCUGCUGGAUGUGAAGUCCCACAUGAGGUUGGCGGAAAUUGCGCAUUCCCUCCUGAAGCUGGCCCCGUACGACACGCAGACGAUGGAGAGCCGCGGGCUCCGGAGGUACAUCAUGGAGAUGCUGCCCAUCACCGACUGGACGGCCGAAGCCGUGAGGCCUGCCCUCAUCCUCAUCCUCAAGAGACUGGAUCGUAUGUUCAAUAAGAUUCACAAGAUGCCCACUCUGAGGCGACAGGUUGAGUGGGAACCUGCCAGCAAUUUGAUUGGAGGGGUUUGUUUGACACUUCAGAGGCAGCCAAUCAUAUCCUUCCUGCCUCACCUUAGGUCACUGAUCAAUGUCUGUGUCAAUCUGGUGAUGGGAGUGGUAGGACCUUCCAGUGUUGCUGAUGGAUUACCCCUUCUUCAUCUCAGCCCUUAUCUCUCGCCACCUCUGCCCUUCAGCACGGCUGUUGUCCGGCUUGUAGCGUUGCAGAUUCAGGCCUUGAAAGAAGAUUUCCCUUUAAGCCAUGUGAUCUCCCCAUUCACCAAUCAGGAGAGAAGGGAAGGGAUGCUUUUAAACCUCCUCAUCCCAUUUGUGCUCACAGUAGGAUCGGGAAGCAAAGACAGUCCCUGGCUGCAGCAACCAGAGGUGCUGCUGCUGCUGCACACGGUGAUCGGCGUCCUCCUGCCGCCGCGUAUCAUCAGCACGUCCCGCAGCAAGAACUUCAUGCUGGAGAGCUCCCCCGCGCACUGCUCCACGCCGGGUGACGCGGGCAAGGACUUGCGCCGGGAGGGGCUGGCCGAGUCCACCAGCCAAGCCGCCUACUUGGCCCUGAAGGUGAUCCUCGUCUGCUUCGAACGGCAGCUGGGCAGCCAGUGGUACUGGCUGAGCCUGCAGGUCAAGGAGAUGGCCCUGCGGAAGGUGGGCGGGCUGGCCCUGUGGGAUUUCAUCGACUUCAUCGUGCGCACCCGGAUCCCCAUCUUCGUGCUCCUGAGGCCCUUUGUGCAGUGCAAGCUUCUGGCCCAGCCUGCCGAGAACCACGAGGAGCUGUCUGCCCGCCAGCAUAUCGCCGAUCAGCUGGAGCGCCGUUUCAUCCCCCGCCCCCUCUGCAAAAGCUCGCUCAUCUCCGAGUUCAACAGCGAGCUCAAGAUCCUGAAGGAGGCCGUCCAUAGUGGUGCAGCCUACCAAGGGAAGACGUCCAUCAGCACCGUGGGGACCUCCACUUCUGCUUACCGCCUGAGCCUGGCCACCAUGUCCCGCUCCAACACGGGCACUGGCACCGUCUGGGAGCAGGACAGUGAGCUGUCCCAGCAAGCUUCCCAGGACACGCUGAGCAGGACAGAUGAGGAGGAUGAAGAGAAUGAGUCGGUGAGCGUGCCCAGCGUGGUAAGUGAGCAGGAAGCUUUCCUCCUGAGCGCCGUAGGGAGGCGGCGGUUCUCCAGCCACGUUUCCAGCAUGUCCGCGCCUCAGGCCGAGGUGGGCAUGGUCCCCAGCCAAAGUGAACCCAAUGUCCUCGAUGACUCCCAGGGCCUGGCAGCUGAGGGCAGCCUCUCUAGGGUGGCCAGCGUGCAGAGCGAGCCCGGUCAGCAGACGCUCCUCCUCCAACAGCCUCUCGGCCGGAAGAGAGGUCUCCGGCAGUUGCGGCGUCCCCUCCUGUCCCGCCAGAAGACCCAGACGGAGCCCCGCAGCCGCCACGGAGCGCGACUCUCAACCACCCGGCGGAGCAUCCAGCCGAAAACCAAGCCUCCCGCAGACCAGAAGCGAUCGGUGACUUUCACGGAAGUGCAUCCCGACGCCGACGCUCCCCCAGUGGAGCCCACGCUUCCCACUGCCGCCCCGAACGGCACCAAGAGCAGCCUCCCUCAUGCUGGUCCACCCGAAGCGGGGGAGAAACCUCUGCUCACCUCUUCUCCCUCCCUCGUGGUUGCAGAUCUGCACACAAUGCAGGGAGAGGUCCUUCCCACCGGGGAGGGGGAGAAGGAGGAAGAGGAGGGGGAGGCGGGGGCCCAAAUGGCUCUACCCACGAGUCCCACAACCUCCCAGCUGUCAGACCCCGAGGGCUUUGCCGGCCUGGACACAGCCGGCCUGUUGCAGCCAGCAGACACCGUUCUGCACAUCAGUGAGGAUUCCGGCACAGAGAAUCCCCUGCUGUCCGGCCACUUCAGCUUCACCCACAUCGACCUGGGGGACGCCGAUGUGGACCUCGACGAGUCUCACGUCUAACCGAGGGCACGAGGGAGGCUUGGUAGGGGGCAGGUGGAGGGGAGCACGAAGGUCCGGUGCCCGCCCGUCAUUUUUAUUACUCAAGGCGAACCCGUUUACACCCCCAGGGAAUCAAUGCUGAAGUGGGUUUUGCUCCCAGUGGAGAGAAUGUUUUUCAGAAACCUCCUGGUUUCUGGCCCUCUGCUGUCUCCACAGCCAGAGGGGAAGGAAAGCCCCUUUCUGUGCCCACCUCCCUUUUUUUAAAUAGUAUUCAUUAAGCGCUUACUAUGGGCCAGUCACUGUUCUAAGCACUAGGGUAGAUACAAGAUAAGAAAGCCCCUUCCUGUGCCCACCUCCCUUUUUUUAAAUAGUAUUCGUUAAGCGCUUACUAUGGGCCAGACACUGUUCUAAGCACUAGGGUAGAUACA